AGACAGAAAUGUAUAUUUAAUUAUCGGAGCUUCACAACAACAAAGAAUUUAUGUUUUUGAAUGUUUGUGUUAUUGAAUAUACCUUUAUUACUCAUAAUAAAUGAACGCAAUUAUAUCAGUUAUUUUCUAAUUAGUUAAGGAAAAAUGUCAAUGAUGACACCUAAUAUAGAUUACAAUAAUCAAGCUUUAUCCUGGAGGAUAUUACCACUUAAAAAGAGUUUGGAUUCGAAAAAUACGGACAUACAUACAGUAACGGGAGAAACUUUAACCAUUCAAUUUAAUGAUACAGGUCAUUUAACGGAUAUAGGAAAUUCUAAUUAUCAAAUUGUGCAGAAUGAACAACCAAAAUAUCCAACUCAGUGUAAUAUGCAAGUUGUACAACAAUCUUAUAUACAGGAACCUCCUAAACUUACAACACAAUUUGUCGAUGAAGUGAAACCCCCUCAAAAUAAGGUCAAACAUAAAAAGAAAAUUCAUCGUUUACCUAUUGAUGGUACACUUUAUCACAGUCAACAAUUAGGCCUUAAAGUACCUCCUAAAAAAACACUUGGCACUAGAGGUAGGAUAAUAGAAUCGCAAGCAAGGGAAGUAAUUCACAAUGUUUUUAAAUUUAUGAGAGAUGAAGCUCAGAAUGGUAUCAAAAUUCCCAUUUCUAAUUAUAGAGAAAGAGUUCUAAGAGCUACUGGUAUAUCAAAAUGUACAUAUUAUAAAAUAACUACUAGGGAGUUUAAAAGAGGUGGUCCUCAACCCACUAAACGAAAAAAAAAUUUUGUAGCUGGAUUAGGAAAUGGUUUAAAAGUUGAUAACGUGGAACAAGUAGUAGAAAAUGAGAGUAUUUACAGACCAAAAAUUAACAGAGAUGCUUCUUCUCCGGAUGGUGUUUACAACUUGGAAGAUUUGGUGGAAGCUUAUAUUUUAGACACUCUAGCAGUGGAAGCAGGAAAAAUCAUAGAAGCUGGUAGUGCAGAUCAGUUUGGAUUUUGUAAGUUCGUCACUACUAAUAUGAACAAAUUAUUGACAUCAAAUAUCUCAGAAGAAGACAAAAUCCGCAGUCUCACAAUAUUCUUGUAUAUACAUUAUUUGAUCGUAUAUAUAAAAACACCCAUGAAAUCCAUCACGAAAAAAUUUGUAGUCUGUGAUAAAUCCGUUGAUAUCAAUAACCACAUAUUGAAAGUAUUUUCAGAAGUAGGAGCAAACGGCAGCCGGACACGUCCAUUACACAUGAAAGACAAAGCUCUCUGCUAUACCAUGAUCUUAGCAGCCAUUGCUAUGGAAUUCGAAGUAGACGUCGAACUUCUUUCUAAAGACUUGAAAAUUGGUAUGAAGAAAGUAGUGGAAGUGGCUAGAAUUUUAGCGUUUAACAUGAAAGCUAACAACAAAAACAUAGUACAAUUGAAAUUACCAUUACCAGCGCCUGUGGCAUAUUCUCCGAAGAAGGGCAGAAGAUAGUGCAAUUGAUAAGGAUAUUUCAUUACAGAAGGGCUAAUUUUAAUUUUUUCGGAUAUCAUAUCUUCCGAAAUAACCCGUAGAUUAUAUUUUGAUACAAGCCUGAUACUAUUGCUAAUAUUUUUGACAUGAAAUUGUAUGAAUAAUACUAUGAGAUUGUUGUACUAUUCAAUAGGAAUUCUAAAUGGCAAAUGUAUUAUCAUCAGAGUUAUAAUAAUUGUCAACAGUCAAUACACUGUGAAGUAACAUUACAACAUUCAAUCCGUUUACCUUUGGCGCCUGAAAAUGUAAUAAUUAUGAGUGUUGAUGGAGUUAACAGUGGGUUCAGUUGGUAUAUCAUCUGUUAUUAAGUAUUGUGUAGAUAUUUUUACAAGUAGUUUGAGAUAAUAAAACUUUAUAUAUUAA